GGAGUAGAAGCAGUCCCCUCCCCUCCAUCUUUAUUGUCCCUAACUGUUGGGAAAUUUAGCAUUGCAACAGCUGAAGAUGGAAAAUUGGUCGGUUGAGCAAGUCUGCAACUGGUUGAAACAGAGAAAUUUAGGAGAACUGAUUCCUAAGUUCCGUGAAGAAGAAGUAAGUGGUGCAGCUCUUCUGGCACUUAAUGAUCGUAUGGUGCAACAGCUGGUGAAAAAGAUUGGGCACCAGGCAGUGCUGAUGGACCUGAUUAAAAAAUACCAUCAACAAAAAAGUGGGCUGGAUUCCCUUUCAGGCUGUUGUGAAACAGCUUCUCAAAAAUUUGCAGAAGUAACCAGUGGGGCUACUGACAGACAGAUGUUAAAUUCUUCUGGUCCUGUGGAGCAGAAAAAAUAUCUGUGCUCAAGUGAAAAUGAAAAAGGACUAAUUGAUCACAGAGUGCUGAAGCAGAAGAAAAAUCUGAAAUCAUUUUUUGCAAGACACAAGAUGUUGCAGUGGACAAGUUCUUACGCUUUGCCAGACUUUCCUUAUGAUGUCAAGUGUAUAUUAGCAGAAAAAAAAUGCCCUGAUCACAGUAUGAGAAUAAGGAUUAUUGAAUUUUUACAAGCAGACAUGACAAAAUACCUGGAAGGAUCACUGUAUCCAAACAGUCAGCAAUAUAACGUUGUUGUCAAUGCUCUACUGCAGGCAUACCCAUUCCUUGAUGAAGAUGGGAAUGGCUUUUUGCUAUGGAAACGGGCACUUAAAGAUCGUUUCAAAUAUGUGCGGAGACCCAUUGAAGAUGAUGAGCAAGUCCUGAGGAACAAAUGCAAGUUUGGUCACAGGAGAGGACAGACCAGAAAAUCUUCAUUUGCUGAAAACAAACCUAAUGAUGUCCAGGUGCAGGUAGAGGAAGAACCUGCUUAUCUCAAAGACAGUACAAUGGAUUUACAUAUUAAGUGGCUUAAGCAAGAAUAUAUGAAAACUCAGAGGAACUGGAAAGAAGUGGAUAACAAAAUGAAUGUGACAAUAGAAAUACGGAGAAAGAUGAUCAGCAAUAAGGCACCUUUAAAAGAUAUUCUUAGGGUAUUUCCUUUCUUAAGGUGCCCUUAUCAGCUUUUUAGGGAGUUCCAGCUUCUCACACACAUGGACAUUUAUAAGAAAACAGUUGGGAUUUUGGAGAUUUAUUCAGAAAAUAUAUUGUCUUUGUAUGUUGUGAGGAAUAAUCCAAUUAACAUUAUGCUACAAGAAAACCUGAAGCAGCACACAGAGGAAGAUGUUCUGAAAUAUAUGAAAAUGACUGCUGCAUGUUUGCUCCUGCCAGAUGUCUUUGGAGAUGAUUCCAGUCUGUUUGCUGCAGUAAAUGAGGAGGUAAAGGCAGUGACACCAGUGUUGGAAGUAAAGAAUCCCUUCAAUGUGAAUUCAUGCGAGUUUGCACUGUAUGUGGAAAGACAAGAGCUGGCCCAGCUCGAUGACUGCACUAUGGCCCUGGCGGCGCUGGUAGCUGCAUUCCAUGUAUUCAACAUCCCAUGCCCAAAGAGGAUCCACAGGACGCUGAAAUUCCUGGAGUCCCUGGUCUUUGAGGUGAGGAACCCAGCAUCCCUGCCCAUCCAGAUAAAGACAGGGCUGGAGGCGUGCAAGUAUCCACUAUCUGAUGGUGUACACAGCAGUCCUCUCGGGAACAUAUGAUAUUUUGUCAAAGUAAAUGCCUUUGGUGUGAAGAUAAAUCAGUGCCAUUAUUUCUAGUGGAAGUGUAUGUAAAUUUAAAACAGUUAUGUUUAACAAUGUCCUUUUUUUUAUUG